AUGGAUGUAGAUGAAUCUAAGAAAGAUGCUGAAAAAUCACAAGUGGAUAAAACCAAAGAUGGUGAUUCUAUUGAUUCUGGCAAAACCAAAGGUGACGAGAAAGUUGAUUCUGACAAAUCCGCAGAUGACGAGAAAGAAUAUUCACCUGAUAGUAUUUACUAUCUUUGUUUAGGUAUUCAACAAUAUCUUUACGAGAGUGGACGAGUUGAUAAUAUAUUCAGUGAUUUUUAUUACGAGAAGUUUGCUGAAUGUUUAAGUGAGGUUCUAUCUAAUCACCAACCUAAACUAAAUGCAGCAGGUCAGAUGUUAUGCAGAAUAGAAGAAGAACAUUUGUGGGAAGCGAAGCAACUGGGAGCUCACUCUCCGUACGUCCUGCUAAACACUCUCAUUUACUUCCAUACCAAAUAUUUUAUGAUGAAAACACCACAAGAACAUAUGAACAUGUCGUUUACCCAAAUUCUUAAACACUGGAGAAAGGGUGGACCGGGCAAACCGACGACGGCUAAUACAGCAGGGCGUAGUGUUACACUACGAUAUUAUUGUAUGGGACCUGGAGGUGCAACAGGCAAACCAAAGAGUAAGGAAGGUAUACCUGUUUAUGAAACAUCAGAAAAUUUAGAAAAUCCAUUGAGAUGUCCUGUGAAGUUGUAUGAAUUCUAUCUUUCAAAAUGUCCCGAGAGUAUCAAGAAUGUUAAUGACAUGUUUUACCUGGUACCAGAGCGGAGCUGCGUUCCUGACAGUCCAGUAUGGUAUUCAACACAAUCAUUGGCUCUCGAACUAAUGACAAAAAUGUUAAACCGAAUUUUACUGGUCAGAGAAAUACAGGAAGCCCAUUUACACGCUCAACCAAUUUAUGUUUAACAAGUAGUGCUGUGUUGAAAACUUUAAAAUGAAUUGCAGUAUAUUUUAUUGAUAAUUACAUUUAUUCAUUCAUUUAAUGAUGGGCGGUUCAAGAUAUAGGGUGUUGGGCGGGUUUUUGCCCUCACACCAGUUACUAUUAUACCUUUAUUUAAUGAUGGGCAUUUCAAGAAUGGGGUGUAGGGAUAUGUCUCCCCUUCCCCCAAUUACUAUAAUAGCGCUCGAAUUGCAUUGUAUAUUAUAUACAUGUAAAAAACAAUACCAACUAAUGAUAACCAAUAAUUACCUUGAAGGAGACCUCAAUUAAUCAAAUUAUAGAAACUAAUUAGUUCUAAAUUUGAAAAUUAUUUUACACUUAUUUUAUCUUAAAUGUAUUCAUGUAGAAAAGAGGUAAUACUGUAAAAUUGAUAAGAUUUAAAUUUAGCAUUAAGUCAGUUAUCUUCUUUUAUAGUAACAACCCUUGUAUAAAAGUUAGCUUGUAUUUCUACUUUUAAAAUUUGCUGUAAAGAAAAUAAAGAUGUUAAAGGGUAACCAGAGGCUAAUGUUUUAUUUUUAUUGUUUAAAGAUGGGUUCCCGCAUACAAACUGGGUGAUUUAAUGGUAUAUAUGGACUAAAAACAUAUUCAAACUAAUUAAUUUGUCAUGAUUUUGCUUCAAAUCCUUCUCAAACAUUGUAAUUGCGAAGAAAUGUCCUGCUAUAAAAAUUCGAUCAAACCAGGUCAUGUUUACGUCAUGUGACUUAACUCUCUUGGAAGUCAGAGGAGAAUUCAUUGCAUACAUAAGACGAUGUUGUCUUUAAUCGCUUACUAUUUAUUACAAAUAUCAAAUCCUAAUUAAAUUCUCGGAUUAUUCACUACCCGCGUCUUUUUCUGUCAUUUUUAUCUCAGAAAGUGAUGUACGUCUAACUCUUCAUAAAGUUUAUCAACUUGUACAUCAAGCGCUCAAUGUUCGCGUGUGACCCUUGACAUCACACGUUCAGAAGUUCCUAAUCGUCGAGCUGUUGAUUUGGGGAACCCCUACAUUUUUAUCCUGCGUACACUCCAUGAGUGUUUUUCGUGAAAUCCAGUAUUUUUCUAGUAUGAUUGGAAAUCUCUACUUUACAUAUAUACCAAAAUCACCAUACUUUUAUUGGAAAUAACCACCCGAUAAAUACUUAUCUGGGAACCAAUCUUUAAAAUUGUAAUUAUCUAAUAGCCAUUAUAAUCAAAAUAAUUGUUACGUGUAUCAGUGUUUUAGUCAAAUGGUCUUUAGUUCUGGAAUUUGAGCUACAAUCGUACCAUUUGUGAUUUAGGGUAGAAAAAAAAAUGUAUAUUGAUGGUUUAUCCUGCGUACACUCCAUGAGUGUUUUUCGUGGAAUCCAGUAUUUUUCUAGUAUGAUUGGAAAUCUCUACUUUACAUAUAUACCAAAAUCACCAUACUUUUAUUGGAAAUAACCACCCGAUAAAUACUUUUCUGGGAACCAAUCUUUAAAAUUGUAAUUAUCUAAUAGCCAUUAUAAUCAAAAUAAUUGUUACGUGUAUCAGUGUUUUAGUCAAAUGGUCUUUAGUUCUGGAAUUUGAGCUACAAUCGUACCAUUUGUGAUUUAGGGUAGAAAAAAAAAUGUAUAUUGAUGGUUUUUUGUAUAGGCCCAUGUGGCUGUAUACUAUAGUGUCACUUGCACCAGUCAAUCGUCACAAUUGUCUGUUAAAGUUAUCAUCUGAUUGACUUAAAAUUGAUACGCAGUGUUUAUAUUACCAAGCCAAGGCCCAAUAGAAAUUGAAGGGAAUUAAACCAGGGACAUCAUUCACGAAAACUUUAUAUAAAGGAUGCAGCCUUUUUAUGGUUGAGAGAUAUAGUCUUAGUAUGGCUGCAUUCUUCAAAUAUUUUAGUUUAGUUUUUAUGAAUAGGCACCCUAGGGCUACAGUAUAGGUAUGGAUUAUCCCUGGUUUUGUGAAGAUGAUAUUUCUUUUAUAUUCCAUACAUUCCUGGAAUCAAAUUCAUUUAUCAUUAAAGGUGCAUUAUGUAAGAUUUAGAUAAAUAGCUGGCCAUUCUUGCUAUAAUAGUUCCAAAAUGAAUACUUCAAAAUUAAUAUAUUGAAAAUUUCAUUCAAAUUACUAUAUUCUGAGCGACGUUUGACAUAAAUUGUUUAUUAUCGUAGCAACAUUAAUUGUUAAUCGAGACUCAUCUAAUUUUAAAUUAAAUCAUUAAAUGGUGAUCGUAUUUUAAUUUGUUUAUAUCAAUGCCAUCCGAUGGACUAGAGAGUUGAUUAUAGGCUUGUCAUAUGAAUAAAUGUCUAAAUAAUAAUUUAUAUAACGUUUAAAGCUAAAAUAAAAAACUUUAAUAUACAGAUUUAGCUCUUACAUAAUGCACCUUUAAUCAAUUAGUAACAGAUUUAUAAUCAUUAUUAUAUCUUAUAAUAGUUUUCAAUGAGAACAAAUGAUUGGUAGAAUAGCCUAAGUUUUAACCAUUAGUUUUCUUCAUGCACUCUACCUCCUCAUAAGCAGUUAGUUUUACACUGAACAACACCGCCUUUUUUUUCACAAAGCUGGACUGGUCAUGUUAUUUACGGCAGUUUCUAGAGAAUUCUUUUUCUGGUUCUUUCUAAGCCUUCAUCUUGACUCUUCAGAUAAAUAGGAUAUGAAGCAUUUAUAUGAAUCUAGAGCAUUUCAGAUCAGUCAAUUUGGGAGUAUGUCAAGUAAAUUAGAUUCACAAGCUAGAACAUUUCAGAUAAAUUGGAUUGAGAUCAUUAAAUUUCAGAUAAACAGGAUAUAGAACAUUCCAGACAAAAAGGCUCUAAGAUAUUUCAGAUAAAUAGGACCUAGGGUAUUUCAGAUAAAUACGAACUAGAACAUUUUGAAUAAAUAUGAUCAAGGUAUUUCUGAUAAAAGUAAUAUUAGGCAUAAAAUAACUGAUCGAUUUGAACUGUAAAUUGCUGACCAGGCUGGUAAUCAUGUCAUUAGUUUUAUUAUAAUCAUGUUGAAUUUAUUUAUCUUAGUGAUUAAAUUGUGAACUAUUCAAUAUAUUUAACCUACUUGGUACUGUAAUUAAAUUGUGAACUAUUCAAUAUAUAUUCUAGUAGUUAUACAUUUUCUUACUCAUAGAUGCAUCAUGUAGUUUGGUUUACAGAACCCUAAAUAAACAAGAUCAAAUCUA